UUGCAUGGUGAGAGUGGUUCCGCUAAUGUUGCUGCCAUAAACCUAAAAUUUCCCAAUAUUAUUAGCACAACUAGUCAGUAUUCUCUUUGUGAUAUUUACAACAUAGAUAAGACUGGCCUAUUCUAUACUAUGGCUCCUAACCAUACAAUUGUGUCUCGCCAGAUUGAAAAGUCAAAAAAAGAUUGUAUGAGACUCACGAUUGCAUUUACAACCAAUGCAGAUGGUACCCACAAACUUCAAUCUUUUAUUAUUAGGCAUUCUGCAAGACCUAGAUGUUUUAAAAAAAAAACAGAAUGGAUAGAAAAAUUAGACAAAGAAAUGAAAGAAUCAAACUAUUAUAUUUUACUUGUCCUUGAUGGUGCCCCCUCACAUGUUACUAGUGCCCUUAACUUGAAUAAUGUAAAAGUACUCACAUUACCUCCAUAUAUAACAUCCAAAAUACAACCAAUGGAUACUGGUGUUAUUGCAUCAUUCAAACUUCAUUAUCAUUAUAUUCAACUUCAACAUGCAAUUGACCAUAAUAAAGCUGAAGAAAAAGAUAUCUAUAAAAUAGAUUAA